AUGGUCUACUUGGGCACCUUUGCCACGGCGGUGGAGGCGGCGGUGGCGUACGCGCGGGCGGUAGGGGAGGCGGAGGCGGCAGGCGCGGGAGGGCCAGCGCGGGCAGCAGCUGCGGCGGGGGAUGCGGAGGCGGGGGAGGCGAUGGAGGCUGCGGAGGCCAGGGAGAUGGAGGCGAUGGAGGCAGAGGAGGCGGAGGAGGCAGCGGCGGCGGCGGCGGCGGAGGAGGAGGAGGGCGCAGAGGGGGCGCCGGAGGAGGAAGAGGCGGCGAAGGCCGCAGGCACGGCGGCCGUUUCCGCCGCCGCGCCGCUCGCGACAGAGGCGGAGGGGCUGAGGCUGCACCUCUCCAGCAGCAACGCCACCGGCUACAGAGGAGUGUGCGCGGACAGGAGCCGCUACCAGGCGAAGCACAGGGCGGGCGAAAGGAUGGUCUACUUGGGCACCUUUGCCACGGCGGUGGAGGCGGCGGAGGAGGAGGGCGCAGAGGGGGCGCCGGAGGAGGAAGAGGCGGCGGAGGCCGCAGGCACGGCGGCCGUUUCCGCCGCCGCGCCGCUCGCGACAGAGGCGGAGGGGCUGAGGCUGCACCUCUCCAGCAGCAACGCCACCGGCUACAGAGGAGUGUGCGCGGACAGGAGCCGCUACCAGGCGAAGCACAGGGCGGGCGAAAGGAUGGUCUACUUGGGCACCUUUGCCACGGCGGUGGAGGCGGCGGUGGCGUACGCGCGGGCGGUCGGGCAGGCGGAGGCGGCAGGCGCAGGAGGGCCAGCGCAAGCAGCAGCAGCGGCAGCGGGGGAGGCGGAGGCGGGGGAGACGGAAGAGGAAGAGGCUGCGGAGGCCAGGGAGAUGGAGGCGAUGGAGGCAGAGGAGGCGGAGGAGGCAGCGGCGGCGGCGGAGGAGGAGGAGGAGGAGGGCGCAGAGGGGGCGCCGGAGGAGGAAGAGGCGGCGGAGGCCGCAGGCACGGCGGCCGUUUCCGCCGCCGCGCCGCUCGUGACAGAGGCGGAGGGGCUGCAUCUGCACCUCUCCAGCAGCAACGCCACCGGCUACAGAGGA